AUGUUGCUGAAACCCGCCACCCCCCUCACCCUGUUGCUGCUGGCCGCCUUCGCCCUGCUGCUUUUGUCGACGCUCUCAACUCCCGUCAUCAAAAAAGUGCCGUUGGCUACUUUCAAAAAUGUGGACUUUGGUGUGUUUGGAUUGUGCAGAGACGACUCUUGCACUCCCGCUCGAGUCGGCUACGAUACUAGCAAUAUCUUCGGCAACAGCGACUCGGACGAUGCCGAUUUUAACCUUCCGUCAAGCGCGCGAAACUCGCUCUCGUCCAUUCUCAUUGUUCACCCAAUCGCCGCUUUUCUCGCUCUAGUCUGCUUGUCUAUGGCCGCUGCCUCUCACUUCCACUCGCCGUCGCAUUCGCCUCGAUACCUACUGGCUUUACUCAUUCUUUUGCUGCCGACCGUCCUGGUAUCGCUCUUGGCAUUCCUGGUGGACAUCCUACUGUUUGUGCCACAUUUACAAUGGGGUGGAUGGAUUGUGCUAGCUGCCACCAUAAUUCUGGUUGCCUGUGGAGUCGUCACUUGUGCAAUGCGCCGUACGCUUGUCAGCCGCAAAGCCCGCAAGAAGCGGAUUGCGGAGAAUGCUGAAAUGAGUGGCGCAAACUUUUAUGCUCGCCAGAAUUCCGAAGCUGCCACAUUCGCGAAGGCCGACUCUCCUCCUCCAAUGAGCACUGAUACCAACGCUCCCUUGCUAAAUACUCUUAACCAACCUGGUCAAGCUUCGUCUAACCCGGCGCCGACUUUUGCCAGUUACGAAUCUGCGCGGGUGACGAAUGAAGAAGAACUACAAACCAUAAGCUCCCGCACGCCGUCAAACCGAGCCCCUCGCCCAAUGGACGAUGGUCUUGCAAGCCGACCAACCAAACCUGGAUACAAUGGGCCCCGAGAUGAAUAUGGCAAUCCUAUCCCUCCUGGCCCGGCAGCUUCUUACGGACCCGAUGCUGGCGGUAUGCAGUCAGAUCCUGACCCAAGACUACAUAACCAAUACUCCGAUGGCAGCCUGGGGUCCCGACGAGGUCCUGGCCCACAGGGAUACCCAGCACCUAGUCGCGGCCGCGAUUAUCCGCCUCGCGGCGGAGCGUAUGGAUACAGUGGUCCCUACGGUGGUCGUGGACGCGGCCCUCCUCCUAACGGCAGAGGUUCCAUGCGUGGAAUGCGCGGGGGUGGUCCUCCACGCCAUAUGACCCCAGGGCGCGGACCUCCUCCAGGCUAUCCGCCGCGGCGAGACGGUGAAUACGACUCAUACGGAGGCAUCCCACGUCGACCCUCUGACCGUGCAGGUUAUCAAAAUUACUCUGUUCCAUAUGCGGGUCACACGCGAAAUCCCUCAGCGUCCCAGCCAAACCUCCCAGAAGUGGAGGAAGCCGGUCAUUCUUAUGAAAUGAUGCCUCAAAGUAGCGAGCCGAAUCUCCGCGUUCGCAAUCAGCAUAUUGAAGCACAUCGAGAGUCUAACAACCAGUCUUUACCCAGUCCCAGCAGCGUAUACAGCACCGAACCAUAUGUACCAGCUCGAUCUGGAUGGUCGACGAAUCCGCGACGACCUUCGCCCGCUCAACACAUGCGGUCUGGAUCAGGAGAUAAUUAUUAUGAAGACGUCGAGCCCCGGUUUGCAGAGGCUGGGGCGAGUGGCGGUGAUAGUGGAGGAGCAGUCCCGUCGGCUCUCAUGGCGGGCAGAUCAGCUGGUGAGAUUCCACCAGCACAAACAUCAUCACCAUUGCACAUACCCAAUGAACAAUCCGUCGGGGAACCUCCUCGCUCACCAGCUAUUAGCGAUAUAAGCCAUACCAGCCAUUUCACGUCUAUAUCCGAACGCCCGGUAAACCCGCGCUGGCAGCCUGCUCCGCCGGUUCCGUCGAAUUUGCGACCAUCGCCACUGGGGCCAGCAGCAGCAGCAGCAGCACACCAACCUCGAGUCCAAGACGUGGUCCUACAGACAAAUCCCGAUUUUGCAUUACCCGUUGGUCCUGGACGAGGCGGUACUCGACUUGGUCGCGGCGGGCUCCCACCUCCUGCAACUGAACAUAAAGGAGGCGGACGAUAUCCUACACCGCCAAUGUAG